GUCAGACCGGAAGUGUGAGCGCGGUGCUGUGGCGGUCUUGACUUUGGUCGUAUUUCAUUGGGAGUGUGGACGCUCAGACUGAAGGAAGGGAGGCUUAGUGGAAACUUGAGGACAUGCGGCGUCUCUUGCAAACUUUACUCAAACCAAACUUUCUGCGAGCUGAAGACAGACCCGAGGACUGAAGAAUGAACUGAAGAGUGGCGGAGAGGAAGAGGAGAGGAGGGGGAGAAGAGCCGUUCACUCCCAUUGAUCCACUAUCGAGGGUUCCUGCAUUAAAGAUGCAGGCUGCUGCUGCUGCUCUGACUGUGCUGAGUGUUUUCUUCAGCCUGGACUGCCUGUGUGCUCAGCGGACCAAACCAAUUCAGAAUGAGAGAAACGCUCAGAAUGAUGAGACAGAACCGAAGAAGAAGAACCAGCCGCACAUCAUCUUCAUCCUCACGGACGACCAGGGCUUCAAUGACAUCGGCUACCACAACCCGACCAUCAAGACUCCCACUCUGGACAAACUGGCGGCGGAGGGCGUGACGCUGGAGAACUACUACGUUCAGCCCAUCUGCACGCCGUCACGCAGCCAGCUCAUCACGGGCAGAUAUCAGAUCCACACGGGACUGCAGCACUCCAUUAUCAGACCCAGCCAGCCGAGCUGUCUGCCUUCACACAUGGACACUCUGCCUGAGAGGCUCCGCGACGCCGGCUACACCACGCAUAUGGUCGGGAAGUGGCACCUGGGCUUCUACAGGAAGGCGUGCCUGCCCACCAGAAAGGGGUUUGACACUUUCUUUGGUUCCUUAACAGGAAGUGUGGAUUACUACAGUUAUGGGUCCUGUGAUGGCCCUGGGUUGUGUGGGUACGAUCUCCAUGACGACGAGGGUGUGGCGUGGGGCCAGGAAGGAAAGUACUCCACCACGCUCUUCACACAAAGAGCUCGCAAGAUCCUCGAGAGUCACGACCCCACGGGCAGGCCGCUCUUCCUGCUGCUCUCCCUCCAGGCAGUUCACACUCCUCUACAGACUCCCAAGUCCUACAUCUACCCCUACCGUGACAUGGCGAACGUUGCCAGGAGGAAGUUUGCUGCCAUGGUGUCCACAGUGGACGAAGCGGUCCGAAAUGUAACCUAUGCUCUGAGAAAAUAUGGAUACUACAGGAACAGCGUCAUCAUCUUCUCUACUGACAAUGGUGCCCAGCCUUUCACAGGAGGGAGCAACUGGCCACUGCGAGGCCGAAAGGGUACGUAUUGGGAAGGUGGAAUCCGAGGAGUGGCAUUCGUGCACAGCCCCCUGUUAAAACGCAGGAGACGGGUCUCCAAGGCUCUAAUGCACAUCACUGACUGGUUCCCCACACUGGUGGGCCUGGCCGGGGGAAACACCAGUCAGAGUCAUGGGCUGGAUGGUUUUGAUGUUUGGCCCGCCAUCAGUGAAGGGAAGGAGUCACCUCGUCAGGAGAUCCUUCACAACAUUGACCCUCUGCACAAACCUCACGCUCAAACCAUGAGCUGGGACGCCAGCGCAGAGGAACCCUCAGUAGUCAAAGGCCCAAAGAAUCCAAAGAAGAAGAGGAUCCUGAUGCAGAAACCAAAGCAGAAGUCAGCAUUCAAGUUGAAGAAACCUCCAACAUUUCCCCAUCCUGCUGCUAAGCCUCAUCCCAAACCUAAAUCCAAGCCACUUCCCAAAAUGAAGCUUAAACCCCUCCCAAAGUCAAAACUCAAACCCAAACCUAAACCCAAACCCACCACCAAAGUUUACCCUCAGAAGCAGAGACAGUCACAUUACAAACCUCCUCUGGAGUCCCACUACAGCGGUGCUCCAUCAGCAAAAAGAACAUCUCACCCUAAAACUCAGCCUCAUAUCAAAUCACGUUUAAAGUCAAAAUCCAGGCGCAACAUAUCCCAGAAACAGAACCUGUCCAGGGAAAGACCACCUCAACCAAAAUCCAAGAUAAAGCUCAAAGUACAUUUAAAGUCAAAGUCCAGGCGGACGUUAUUCCAACACCAUAACAUGUCCCAUCCAGUGCCCCAGUUAAGUUUCCAGCCAGUGUGGGACGCAUCGGUCCAGGCUGCCAUCAGAGUUGGAGACUGGAAGCUGCUAACAGGAGACCCAGGCCAUGGAGACUGGGUCCCCCCACAGGUACUUCCCACUCUCCCUGGUCGCUGGUGGAACCUUGAACGUGCUGUCUCAUCGAGACCCAAAUCCUCUACGCUCAAGAACGUCUGGUUGUUCAACAUCACGGCCGACCCGUGCGAGCGGCAGGACCUGGCAGACCAGAGACCAGAUGUGGUCCAGCAGCUGAUGGCCCGACUCGCCUACUACAACCGAACAGCCGUGCCGGUUUAUUUUCCUCCUGACGACCCUCGGGCCGAUCCCAGCCAGCACAGUGGAGCCUGGGUACCCUGGGUGGAAGAAGAGGAGGACGAGGAGGGAAAAUAUAAUGGAGUGUACAAGAAAGGUAAGAGCAGUAAAAAGAAGAGGAAGAAGCCAAAGUGCCCGUUGUGCGAGCUGCGGUCGUUCUUUUUGAAACUCAACACCAGGAUGAUGUCUAAUCGGAUCUGAGGUGUCAGCCUCAACCUGGAGCCAUAAAAUGAUUGUGUCAAAGACUUUAAUGUUUUUAAAUAUUUGUACAUUAAAACAUCUUCGCUUCCUACAUGAAAAAAAAGUGGUAACAGAUAAUUCCACUGCGUUCAGUUGAAGCGAACUUCUUUCUGAAGCAUGUCCUUUCACUGGCUUCACUUUUCCACAUGUUCCUCUAAAAAUCAAGUGAAAAGAGUCAAAUAUCUCGUCUUAGAUCUGAGGUGACAUCGACAGUCCAGCUGGAUCAGUAGGAACCUCACACUUAAAGGCCCAGACACACCAAACCGACUUCAGAGAAUUAGCAGCAACAAAGACCUUCUGCUGCAUUGCCUCACAUUGACUGUGUCUUGGCCUUAAGGUUGCCCAUGAACACACUGCAAGGACUUCAUCCAACAACCAACCAGCAUGAACCUUCUGCGCAUGCGUGACAGCAAAUAACUCUCCACACUAGCAGACGGCGGUAGUCUGUAUUCAUCAUUCAAAAAGGGAAACUGGAAGACCGUCUGGAUGCUAGUUAGCCAGUUAGCACAUUAGCAACACAAACCAAUGUUGACAGAACAGAGCAUAUUUACCGUGCACCAGUGAACAAUAACACAAACCAUCACAAACUGUUUUAGCUAAAGUGCUCAAUGCCUAAAGAAAAAUAAUCUUAAGUAACAAGUUUGUUUUGGUCUCACUGCCUCUUGACUUUAGUUCUUUGUUUACUUUCCUCACUUCUGUUUCUCUGCUCAUGUGCUGAGCAAAACUGCCAAUCAGAGUUACUUCAUUCACCAACGGGCUCCGCAUUCGCCAACAUCGAUUCAGUUUGCUGAAUCGGUAGGAAAGAAAGCUGCCGCAAAUUAGGGCCACAGACGCUCACCAGUGGCCCCAACAUUGACCAACACCUGACUGUUUGGUGUUUCAGGGCCUUAAGACUCAAUUCAGGCUUUUCAUUGACUUUUAAAGGGUCAGUUCACUCAAAUCAUCACAAAUUUUCUGACUUAUCCCUCAUAAUAUGUGAUCAUCCAGAUACUGUAGAUUCACUUUUAUUUGCCAAGCUUUUAAGAGCAGUUGUUGCCAAGAUUUCUGUUGUUAGCCGUUGUUUCCAGUGUAAACUGCUGACUGGUGCAUUGUUUUUGGAAAGAGGCUUUGUUGUUGAGAUGGGAGCAGAGAUAAUCAGACGCCAGUCAUACUUGGCGAGAUAUUGCUAACUGCAGGAAAAUGUAUUUGUGACUUGGAUGAACUGACCCUUUAAAUUCUGGUGGUAAGGUGGUUUUACUGUUGUGACGGCUGUUACAGUUUUCUGCACCGUCACCUGAUUUAUGUGAUUUUAUGAAUUGUAUGUCCACUGUUUCCUCAUUAUUGUCUGUUAUCCUUUUUUAUUUGGUCUCACUCACAAACUGACAGAGUUCUUGAUAGAAGGGCCGACACUGUGUGACAGUAAGAUGUAUUUUUACACUGUAAAUAAUUUAUGUUUUCUAACUUUGAGCAGAAUGGACCAGAAUCUGUAUAAAGUGACACAGUUUUUAACGGAGGUUUCAUACUUAAACAUCCCAGAUGUGGGUUUUGAGACAAAUGUUUACUUUUUACAGUCAAAGUGCAUGAUUGUGAUAAUUAUUUCUACAAUAAUGUAACUAUUUUUGUUUGUUUUUCCUGGUCACAUGCGACAAAAAAGGACAAGGUUUUAAUAUUUUCACAUUUUUUGUAGCACAACCCAGUGAAUACAGAUGUUUCUAAUAUUUGUUGUCAGAUACAUGUUAUGUGUUGGUUUUCUUGAUACGUUACUGUGGCUGAAACAGGCCUUUGGAUACUGUGGCUGUUUGAAUGUAUUGCUAAUAGCAAGGAUAUUUCGACUAUGAAUUUACAGUAUUGUGUUUUUAAUUCACUACAUGCUACUGUGAACAGCAGAAACUGUCUCAUGAACAGGUUAUUUAACAACUUAUUUAGCCCUAUAUGAGACUAACACAAUAUUAAUAUUUAAAUAUUUGUAAGCAUUUUCAUGACAAUAAGUGACAAAAUCCUACAAGAGAGCCUUUUUUAAAAAUACAGCAUUUUACUUCUAACAAGUUUCGUUUUUAAGGAUAGUUCACCCUAAAAUCAAAAUAUUAUUAUUUUCCCUCUUGCCUGUAGUGCUAUAAAUCAAUCUAGAGUGUCUUGGGAGGAACUAUUUUCUUUCUACCUGCCAACCACAUUAUCCCGCAGAAGGAAGCAUGCAUCUACUGCUAGCUCAUCUAGCAUCACAGCUCAGCUAAGGAGGACACUAGUAAUCUCUACAUCGCGCACGAGCAUGAGCCUCUCGUUUAUGAGAUGCACGCUUCCUUUUGUGCUGUGCUUCAGUUGGCUGGUGUUGUUUGGCAGACAGAAAAUAGUUCCUACCUGAAACUGCUCUCAACAAGGUCCGUGGAUUAUCUUCAUUUACCGGGUCAUGAUUUCUGGAAAGAGAUAGUGCUGUUGAGUUUUUCAAACUUAGGUCUUUUGGCACUUAGAGCACCACAAGCCGAGUGCCGUCCAGUUCUAUUAUGACGGAGAGAAGGCAGACAUCUGAACGGCCGAUAUCUCCAACACUUAGCAGCUCACAAUAAAACAAUCUAGAUUGGUAAAUUGCACUACAGGUAAGAGGAAAUAUAUGUAUUUUUUAUUUGGGGGUGAACUGUCCCUUUAAAUUAUUUAAACCUUGUUUGCAUUUGUUUUAAGGAGAAAUCAAAUUAAAUAAAUCAUACAAGAAUGCGCUGAAAUAAGUCAGCAGGUAAAUAUUUUAGGGGAAAUAACCAUACUGCUCUGGUUUUACCGUUCCUUCUGACACAUAUGUAGAGAUCUCUUGACUCCAGUGAAAACAAAGUGAGCCUGUGCAACUUUCUUCUAUCAACUUCACAGAUGUAAAAGUCCUAAUAAUUUUAUAUUGUCAAUUAAAGCUCACGUUUUCAGAAAACAGCGGGGGAAAUGGACUGUUUAAGCAGAAAUUUUUACCAGCAUGAGAAACCUCUUUGAAGUAAGAUGUUGGUUUUCUCCCCUCGAGCAAGACACCUAACCUCUAAAUAUUUCAGUGUAUUUGCACAAUAUCUAACAAACCACGACUGUGGCCGCUCUGCAACAGUGCCCUGUAUGAGCGUGCAGCAGAGAACUCCUGAGAACGGUUUAAAUGGACGCUUGAUGUCUCCACCUUGAGUAAAUAAAGGAUAAAUAAAUUUAA